AUGCUCGAGCAGAUCACAGGUUCGCUGCAGGUCAGCCUCACGAAGAUCCUGGCCCUUUUCGCCGUCUCCUGGCUGAGCUGGUUCGUCGGCUCGACGCUCAUCGCCUACAACAAACUACGACAUAUCCCCGGGCCACCGUUGGCCGGUCUCACGAAUUGGUGGUGGAUCAAGGCAGCAAUCUCGGGGAAAGGGCAUCUUGCCCUGAAACACGCGUGUGAUCGUUAUGGAACCAUUGCGAGAAUUAGUCCGUCCAUGGUGGUGACCUCGGACCUGGAACUGUACCGCAAGGCCAAUGCCAACAGGAUCAACGACUACUCCCGCGGCCCGUGGUACAAGGCAUUCAAGAUGGAUGCCGAGCGAGAAAACCUCUUCACAGAGCUCAACGACGAGAAGCACUCGAUGAUGCGCGCAAAACUUUCUCCAGGCUACUCGGGCAAAGAUAACCCUGAAUGUGAGCCCAGCGUCGACCAGAUCGUCAUGGACGUCGUCCACUUGAUCAAGCGGAAAUACCUCUCCGUGGGAGCCACCAUGAGACCGCUGGACUGGGCUCAACUGGCACAAUACUUCACGCUGGACGUGAUUACGUAUCUGUCUCUGGGGGAAGCAUUUGGGUUUGUCGCGGACGAUGACGACAAGUAUACAUAUGUGAAGUCGAUGGAGGACAAUUUCCCCAUUAUGAAUGUCUUUUCUGCAGUGCCGCUGCUGUCAGCCAUCGCGAGAAUUCCGACGGUACAGGCCAACCUUGUGCCUUCACCGAAAGAGAAGACUGGGUUAGGGAGGGUGAAAGCGGUUGCUCGGCAGAUCAUCGCUGGCCGUUUCUCUGGAGAGAAGGCAGGACGCUACGAUAUGGUCACUUCGUUCAAGAAUCAUGGCUUGUCAGAGCUCGAGAUCUCGGACGAGUCGCUGUUCCAACUCCUAGCAGGCUCCGACACGACGGCGACCAUCGUCCGUACCGGCUUCCUCUCCAUCUUGUCGAAUUCACACGUGUACCGAAAGCUGCAAGCUGAGGCCGCAGCAACAGACAUCCCCUUGGACAAGAUCAUCUCCUAUUCUCACGCGCUGAAACUGCCCUACCUGCAAGCUUGCAUCAAGGAAGCUCUGCGCCAGCACCCAGCUGCGGCGGGCUUACUCCCUCGAGUCGUGGGCGCACAAGGGGACACACACAAUGGCGUCUACCUUCCUCCCGGCACGGAGGUGGCCUUUUGCGCCUGGAACAUGCACCGCCACAACACAGAGGUGUACGGUGCCGAUGCCGAGAUCUUCCGGCCCGAACGCUGGCUUGAGGCUUCUCCAGAGCGCUUGGCCGUCAUGGAAGAGGCGCACCACCUCGUCUUCGGCAACGGCAGGUUCCGAUGUAUGGGCGAGAAUAUUGCAAGGCUGGAGCUGAACAAGAUCUUCUUCGAGAUGAUCCGGAGGUUCGACUGGAGCUUGGUCGACCCGGUCAACCCAUUUCAGAAGAACACGAAUUACGGGUUGUUCGUGCAGAAGGGUAUGUUUGUGAGAGUGAGCGAACUGGAAAGCUAA